CCAUAAAUGAGGAUUCUUUGUGUAGCAUUAAACAGGGAAGUCCUCUUGCAAGGUUAAUAUCUAAGGCCAAAUUAAUCAUAUGGGAUGAAGCUCCAAUGAUAAGUAAGUAUUGUUACGAAGCUUUAGACAAAUGCCUCAGAGACAUCUUAAGGUGCUCAGAUUCGUAUAAUGCUCAUUUGCCAUUUGGAGGUAAAGUUGUUGUUCUCGGAAGAGAUUUUAGACAAAUUUUACCUGUAAUUUCCAGAGGCUCAAGGCAAGAUAUAAUUCAGUCUUCUAUUAAUUCUUCAUAUUUGUGGCAUAACUGUAAGGUUUUGAAGCUUACAAAAAACAUGAAAUUGUCACUAGGUAAAAACAACAACAUACAAGAACUCAGAAAUUUUGCAGAAUGGCUACUCAAAAUUGGUGAUGGUUUGGCUGGUGAUACAACAGAUGGUGAAUCGAUCGUUCAUAUACCAUCUGACAUUUUGAUUAAGAACUCUGAGACAGUUUUGGAUGACCUCAUUGAUUUCGUGUAUCCAGAUAUGUUAUCCAAUUUAUCCGUUAAAAAUUAUUUCAAGGAUAGAGCAAUUCUUGCACCAACUUUGGAUUGUGUUACUGAUGUUAACAACAAGAUGACUGCAGGGUUACCUGGACAAGAAAGAGUCUACUUAAGUUCAGACUUUGUGUGUGCUGAAGAGGGAAAUAUGGAAUUUGAGUUAGAUGCUUUCUCGCCGGAGAUUCUAAAUGGAAUAAAUUGUUCAGGUCUACCACCACACAAGUUGGUUCUAAAGGUUGGCGCUCCUGUUAUGUUGCUGCGGAAUAUAGACCAAACUAAUGGUUUGUGCAAUGGAACGAGGAUGCAAGUUAGAAGAAUGAGAAAUCAUGUGAUAGAAUGCAAGACUUUAACUGGUAACAAAGCUGGAAGUAUUGUUCUUAUCCCAAGACUGAAUCUAAUUCCAAACAAUGAAAUAUUGCCGGUCAAGUUUCAAAGAAGACAAUUCCCAAUUAUCAUGUCAUUUGCAAUGACAAUAAAUAAGUCCCAGGGACAAACUCUAUCGAAAGUUGGAAUUUACCUUCCAAGGCCAGUUUUCAUCCAUGAUCAAUUGUAUGUUGCGUUAUCAAGGGUAACGAGUAAAGAUGGUCUGCGAGUGCUGUUGCAAGAUCAUGGACACUUAGAAGAUAACUGCACGAUGAAUGUGGUAUAUAGAGAAGUUUUUGAGAGCCUAUAAUAAAAAGGUAAUAACAAAAUGUCUUACUAAAUCUAUUUAUUUAUUAAAAUUUAUUACUAUCACUUAAAAAAAUU